AUGGUCCGUCACCCGGACAAGGCAGCUGGCCAACAACAACUGGUCCACAGUUCCAACAGCUCCCUAACAGUGGAACCGGAACCGGAACUGGAACUGGACACGCCACUUUCAAGCACUCAAUCUCCGAGACUUCUGGAGAAUCCUGAUUUACACCUUGAAAUGAGCAGUGGCAAACACACCGGCGAGUUUGACUGGAGCGAGAAAACGCAGGGCCUAGUGCUGGGCGCUUUCUUCUGGGGCUACGUGGUGCUGCAGUUGCCCGGCGGGCAGAUGGAAACGAAAAAGAAGGAGCGGGUGGUCAUUCCCUGGCGAGACAUUCUCACCUCGGUGCCCGUCUGGGCGCUGACCAUCACCCACUUUGGCCAGCACUGGGGUUUCUACACGAUGCUGACGCAACUGCCGCGGUACUUUAAGGAGCUAGGCUUUGACCUGCGAUCGAACGGCUACUACUCCGCCCUCCCCCAGGCCAUUACCUCCAGCUCAGUGGGCUUCCUCUGCGACCGCCUGCUCGCCUCGGGCCGCUUCCGGCUGGCCACCCUGCGGAAGACCUUCAACAGCAUCGCCUUCUUCGGCACCGCCUUCUGCCUCUACCUAAUAACGCUCACCGAGCGGCACCGGGGCGCCAACAUUGCCCUGCUGACGGCGGCCCUGGGCGUGAACGGCAUCGGCAUGGCCGGCUUCACCGUCACCCACGUCGACCUCAGCCCUCGCUUCGCCGGCACGCUGAUGGGCAUGACCAACUUCGUGGCCAACUUUGCCGGCGUCCUCGUGCCCCUGCUG